GCGGGAGCAGCUGCUGCUGCGCAGCCCCUUCCCCGCCCGCCCGGUCGCUCCAGUGCCGUCGCCUCCUCCUCGCAGCCUCGCACGGCGCGGCCCGGUCAACAUACAGAGCCGCAAAAUCCCAAGCUGACAUAAUGAACAACCAAGGGGCUGGUGUUCUCUGUUGCUGGAGAUGUGGAAAAUAUAUAGCAAAUUCUGUUUUUCUUGCAAAAUGUAGUGAGAAAAAAACAUCCCAAAUAUCACAGCCUUCAGCUGCUGCUCAGAAUUCUUGCAAUGUAUGGCAUGUGAGCUUAGAAGCCAUUCCAGAGUGGGUGAAAUGUGUGAUUGAAAAGGCACAGUGGACAAUUGGAAAACUGCACUGUCCAUUCUGUGAGGCCUGCUUAGGUGGCUUUAACUUUGUUUGCAACAAAGAAUGUUCCUGUGGACAGUUAGUAAACAUACAUUUCUUCAAAACUUGGACUGAGGAUCAGCCACCUUUCUCUGUUGAAUUGUCAGAAUCAUCAGAGAAACAUUUGCUUCUCAAAAUUCAGUCAGGUUUUAACAAGGAUACCUGCCAUGAAGUGGUAACUGCAACUUUGGAAAUCAUAAAUCAAGGGCUUUCAUACACAGCUGGAAGUAAUAAUGGCACUGGAAGAUUAAUAGAAGCACUUUGUCUAGAAGUAAGAGCUCCCAGAUAUGAGAUAGAAAGUAAAAAACUUCCCUUAAAGACAUUAAAUCAAAAAAGAAAUCUCCCUUCUUCUUAUCCUAUAAAAGAUUCAUGCACUGUAAAACCUUUUCACAGACCAUGUAGCUUGCAUUUAAAUAUCAGAGAAAGACUUGUUUUGUCACCUGUGUUAUAUGAAACUUGCGGCGUGGGACCACUCUAUCAUGGCCCAAGUGAAAAUGCACCUGCUUAUGUACAAGGGAGCUUGCAAUUAGAGGCCAGUAGAAAAGGUGGUAGUUCUUUUCAGGAUCUGUAUAGUUCCAGGGCUGAGAUACUACAAAAACAAUUUCAAGUUACUUCUGUUACUACAUUACUACACAGAGACACUGAAAGUGAGUGUGACUUUGAAGUUACUGGACAAUCUUCUGGUACUGUCAUUGCUGAUGGGUCACCAUUUGUGAUGAAUCUUUCCUCGCCUACAAGGGCUGUCAAAGACAAACAGUACAUCACACCUGGUGGUCUUGUGCAGCCUAUGAGUAUCUCCUUCAACCAAAAGCUGAGUAAAAGAGAAAGAGACAAGUCAAAAAGCCUGAGGAGAAAACAAAGGCGAGAACAAUGUCUACUGAAGCAACCUGCAAAUGAUAACCGGCAUACAGAUGAUGAGCAGGAACUCAGAGGAGAUAAAGAAAGCUAUCUCUGUGCUGUGUGUCUGGAUGUUUAUUUCAACCCUUACAUGUGCUAUCCAUGCCACCAUAUCUUUUGUGAACCUUGCUUAAGGAUGCUUGCCAAAGACAAUCCAACCAGCACUCCAUGUCCACUGUGUCGCACUACAAUUGCCAGAGUUUUUUUCCAAACAGAUCUGAAUAACUCUACCAGAUCUUUUUUCCCUGUGGAAUAUUUGAAUUUAAAGGAAAAUUUUCAAAAAUCCAAUUCUGCUAAAUGGCCUCUACCAAGCUGCAAGAAAGCAUUCAGAGUUUUUGAAGCAGGUUUUCGAAGGCGCUCAAAUACUGUGACCAGGAGGCAUUUCCCACAUGCUGCUCACAGGAUGGACUUCAUGGACUUCGAGGAUGAUAGCCGUGGAUGGCGGUUUGAUAUGGACUUGGUGAUCAUAUACAUUUAUUCAGUCAACUGGAUAAUAGGAUUUAUUGUUUUCUGUUUCCUUUGUUAUUUCUUUUUCCCUCUUUAGGCUGUAGAAAUAACAGUUAAGGAAAAUGAGAGUCAUAGGAACAGAAAAAUUGUGAAUAGAAAAAUAUUGAAAAAAGGUUAAAAUGUUUGAUACUGCAUUUUUAUCAUUCAGAAUUGGAAUAGACUGCAUCAAGCAUGCUGUGCAGCUGUUCGUUACUUCUAUAUGUGACAAAGUACUUGAGUUUGGUUACAAAUGUAAUGUGAAAUCCACAUCAUACUUCAUUCAGUGGGAGUUUUGCCUUUGGGAAAUUUUGAUGGGAAAAGAAUUUACCCCUAAUUUAUAAAAUGAUUACUCUGUAGAAGUACUCCCAGUUUUUAGGGGAAGUCUGUGUGCUACAAAAGAAUGUAAUCUAUAGAGUCAUUUAGGGGUUUCACUCUGUGUUGACACACUUCACUCACUCAUUGGUGCUUCAAUUCCUCAUACAUAAAAGCAAUAAAGAUGCUUCCCAUUUUUACUCAGAUCCUUUGGGAGCAGAAGUGCUGUACCAUGCAUUGCGCAGAUAUUCAUCAGAACUAUUUCAGUGCCAUGAUCCAAAUCCUGGAAAAUUUUGACAACUGAUAGACCUGUCAGCAUUCCACUGUGAUAGUUUGAGCCUAUUAACCAAAAAGAAAAAUUACACUGCAGUGUGCUGCCAGUUCAUCUUCUCUGCAAAUAUUAAUCAAAAGGAAUCAACUAACAAUCACAAGUUCUGCACAGUAAGAAGACCAUUUUUGUGCAGAUUCCCACUGUAGCACCAUACCUUUUUUACCCAUUCAGAUGAGUGUGUUUGGAUCCAGCAAGACUAAUGGAGGGCAAGCAGCAGGCCUGUUGGCUAUGAUGCUGUUAGACACUGACCCAAAUAAACACUGGAGACAGAAGCAUUCUCCAGUAUAAGAAAUCAGUAUCAUUAUUAAAUUGCUGUAAAAAUUGAGGAUACUUUUAA